CAGUUAUUAAUAACAGCCCUGCCAGCCUCCUCAGCCACCUAGGAGCAGAUGGUGUUUUUCACAAAAGACAGAGAUCUCCUUGACUUUGGACUCCGCUUAUCAAACCCCAAACAGAUCCCUGCCUGUCCACUUCACAGACCACCUCACCAUCCAGUAAAAGCUUCUAAUGUGCUUUGACACCAGGAACCAAGGUUGCUAAGAAACCACCUGUGCUGAAUGCACUUUGUUCUAGUAAGAGCAGCCAGAGAAAAAACCAAGGAACAGCGCUAUCUACCACCACCCAGGAUUAAGUCAGGGAGCAGGAGCAUUUUGGAUAUGACGUGUAAAAACUGGAUAUUAAUUUCUACUACUACCCCUACAAGUCUGGAAGAUGAAAUUGUGGGAAGACUUCUCAAAAUUUUGUUUGUAAUCUUUGUUGACUUCCUAUCUAUUAUGUAUGUUGUUAUAACUUCUUAGAAAGCUGACUUCCCUUACUUUACAUGUGAAUUUCAUAUUGAAUUCCAGUGAAUAAAAUUUUGUAAUUU